UCAAUCAGACUUCUUUUAUUAUUCAAAUUAGCUAUCAUGUGUCCAGCUCUUACUGUCAGCAAACUUUUGCACACUUUACCAUCAAGCUGUGGCUCGUCCCGGAUGAAAAUCAACACCAAAUGCUCAUUUACAUGCCCACAGGGCUACCAACUAAGAGGUCCCUCUUAUAAGCAAUGCAGGGUUGAUGGUCAGUGGUCCGACAAAGCUAAGAAGGUUUCAUGCACUGGUGAGUCUUGAAAUUUUGGGGCUUUUUAUGAUCUUGUCUUUCAUAUAAUAAUCAACGUCUGAUUUCCGCAGAUAUUGAUGAGUGUUCUUUGCCAAAUAACGGCGGCUGCAGUCACAAGUGUGUUAAUACUAUGGGAAGCUACAAAUGCCAAUGUCCAGAUCCGGAAUUGAGCUUGUCACCAGAUAACAAGACAUGCCAUGGUAAAAUGAAAAUUUUAAAUGUGUGUUUAUGAUUUGGUAGUCAAACAAAAAGUUUUUCUUCACAUUUUUUACUACAGUAACACUAUAGCGCAACAAAAUUGAGUUGAAUUCAAAGUCAGUGACCUCACGCAUUAAAAAAGCGUGGCAGGACACAACAACAGUCCUUCGCUAGCUUAAACUUAUGAUCAAUUUUCAAUUUAUGUAUUUUUUUAUGACAAACUGAUUUAUAUUAUUUUUUUUUUAGGUUUUCAAGUAAUCAUUGCCAGUUUAACUCAAUCUAAUGUGAACCUAAAUCUAGCGCUAACACGGCUUUAUCUUCUACAUUCAUCUCAUUCAAGCAUUGUCAUAUGAGAAAAAAAAUAUCUUUCUGUCAUUUCCUUAAUUCAUUUGCAUCUAUAUUCAUUUAGCUCCAGGUGUUGUUGUUCAAUGCAACAGCAAUAAUAUGACCAUCAUGGUUCCUAAGUCCCUUCUCCGAGGUAUUGACCGUGAACAUCUUCGACUCCUGGACACCAAAUGCAAAGCUACAGAAACAAGUGCAUACUUCUCCCUUACAACACUGCUGACCGAAUGCAACACAACCCGCAGGCACACUGCGUCAACUAUUGCCUAUUCCAACACAGUACUGGAAAUUCCAGUGGCAGCCGAAGAUGUUAUAACGCGUGUGCGAGAGUUAGAAAUCCAGUUCAGCUGUGUUUACCCUAAACACGGAGCAGUUUCAUCAGUUGGUUGGAAGCCAAACAACAGGAAACUUGUGUUCAGUGAUGAAGGCAAAGGAAACUUUACGCUGUCAUUGAACAUGUUCCCUGAUAAACGAUUUGUGAGUCCUUACAUGAAGGAUGAUUUCCCCGUUGCUGUAGUCCUGCGUAAACGCCUUUUCUUUGAGAUUUCUGUAACGUCAAGUGACAGGCAGCUGUCAAUCAUUGCCGAUCAAUGCUAUGCCACACCCACUCAGGAUCACAAGAAUCCCUUGAAAUAUGUGUUUAUUACAAAAGGGUAACUAAAAUUUUCCUACUUACCAAUACCUGGUUAAAAUUUACUAACACGGACCAUAAACGUAAACCCCGGCCGAAAAUGUUAAAUAAAAAAAGUCCAACAAAACAUUGAAUGGCGUUGUUAUCCCUUCGUGUAAAUUCCUCCAUAGAAUUAAGGGGAGUGGUCAUGUGAAUGAUUAGUUGGGGUUUUUCAUGGGGAACCCCUUAUCUUUAUACCUUUUGCCUGAACAUGUUUUGCCGCAAUUUAUUUUCAUAGGCGAGAAAAUGUCUUGGCUAUAAGCUGUUAAAGACAGACAAGCUAAGCACGGAAACCUUAAAAUUGUGUUAGGAUUUUGUGCUCACUCAAAUGUAGAGGUAAUCGAGCAGUUGGAAUAAAUGAAUCCUUCCAAAGUGAUACAUACCUUUUUUCCUUUUUAUCACUGACAGAUGCCCAAAUGAUGCUACCGUGAAGUACCAUUCAACAUCUUCAGUCAGUGCCCAACGGUUUAGUUUGGAAGCAUUCAAGUUCAUUGCUGACCACCCAUUCGUCUUCGUCCACUGUCACGUCAUCUUAUGUAACGCAACCGAGCCAAGCUCCAAGUGCGCUAAGAAAUGUCGUCAAGGUGGCCGUGGAAGGCGUGACGCAAGUGCUCAGAUGACUGAUGAUGUGUACUCUCUGGUCCAGGGCCCCCUCCACCUCGAACGAGAGAAACGAGAGCAAAAGAUCAGCGGUGCUGUGAAUAAAAACGGUCAGUGAAAUUUUAGUGUUAAUUAUUAGGUAUUAUUUGUUGUCUUUUUGAAUGGAAAACGUAUAGCUAUGUAUUGGAACUUUUCUCUGUUUUACAUGUACAUCGUAAUUUUAUGAGCUGCUAUUUCAGAAGCUAUAAUAUUUGUGAUAUGGGUUCAAUCUUACUCACUUUCAUAGAACAUAAAUGUAUCCCCUGCUUUCCAUACCUUGAACCCAAUUCGUUAAACACGUAAUAUUAAAUUGCUGUUUUAAUUCUUACCUACACUACCUUUUUUACAGGCUGGAGCGCUUAUGUAAUUUUACCUCUGUUAGUGAUGUGCGUGGCGUGUUUGGCAGGAAGAGCUCUGACGACAUUGAAGAAGUCACGUGGCAAGCCUGUGGAGUACAAACUGCUCGCCACUGGUGAUAACCAGCAUUGA